AUGGAGUCAUCGAAAGGAGACAGCUUUAACUUGCUUCGCGACGUAGGUCUGUCAGAAGAUGAGGAUUUUUUGAAAGAAUCCUUGGACGCAGAGCGGUGGCUGGAGGCGCGCAAAGCACAAGAGCGCAGCGAUGAAGCCGUUCCUGAAGCUUCAGUUGGCGGCAGCGUACCUGUAUACGAGUCCGGAUCUCCAAUACAGCCGUCUUCGAGUCUCUCCACGAUUCGCCAAUCCUCCUACCUGACUUUAACCGCCAUCCCGAGGUCACGAGCCUCCCAGCAGGCGGAAGCUUCCGUGUCGCCUGGUAUGCUCAUAGGCUCAUUUCAGUUGAAAACCGAAAACGCCAAUCGCAAGAAUACGGCUAAUUUUGAAGUCGAAUGUAUUGACCUUACCCACGAUAAGCCAGUUAUAGUCGCUUCGUCGUCUCAUACAGUUGGGACUGAAACUCAAGGUGCAGCCCAGCCAUUGACAGCUGUCUCUUCUCAGUAUCAACCCCUACAUUAUCGACAACAACAGAUGCCGCGUGCCCCUUAUCCUGGGUAUAACUCCGUUAAUGCCCCUUCCGCCACCCCAAUGCAUGGAGAGGAGUUCAUGCAACGCCCGUUCACAUCUUCGGCAUUUCUUCCCGCUACUGCCACCAAUGCAUCACAUAUUCAACACAGGAAAGUCGACAGCUCUUCACUAAAUGGCUAUCUGAAUGUAAUUCCGCAGCAAGCGCUCCCCAAUAUUUCCCUACCCCAUAUACCUUUUGCUCCUAUUCUCAAUGGCCUUGCGCCUCAAUUAGGAGGAAUAUAUGAUGGCACACGCUCUCAGGAUGAAGCAAAUGUAGAGCUGAGGAAGCUUCUUGACAAUAUUCGACCAGACCAGGAUCUAGAACGCAACUGCGAAGGCACACCUAGAGCAAUGAAAUAUACGUUGAUGGAACACCAGAAACUUGGACUGGCGUGGAUGAAAUCAAUGGAAGAGGGCUCAAAUCGUGGGGGAAUUUUAGCUGAUGAUAUGGGCCUCGGGAAAACUAUACAGGCUCUAGCUCUCAUCCUCUCUCGGCCCUCAAGUGAUUUCAGUUGCAAGGCUACACUUGUCGUUGCCCCUGUUUUCUUGAUGCAUCAGUGGAAGCGGGAAAUCGAACAAAAGAUUAAAACUGGCUCUCAGCUCUCCGUGUAUAUCCUUCACGGAGACAAGAAAACCACACCAUUUUCUAUCUUAAGAAAAUAUGAUGUUGUACUAACAUCCUACGGUACAGUCGCCUCGGAAUUCGGACGUAGGGAGCAGCUUGACCUUGUUGCUCGCCAAACUCCUAAUCUUUAUCAAAGUCAUCCGCUUCACUCUAAACUAUCGGUCUUUGGAGAACAGUCAAAGUGGCACCGUGUCAUUCUGGAUGAAGCUCAAUGUAUUAAAAAUAGGAAAACUAAAGCCGCCCAGGCAUGUUGUUAUAUCGAGUCUACCUAUCGAUGGUGCAUGAGCGGGACUCCAAUGAUGAACUGUAUUAAGGAGCUUUACUCCUUGCUUCGAUUUCUUCGCAUCGGGCCGUAUAAUCAUUUAGAAAGGUUUAAUACGGCAUUCUCCCGCCCUCUCCAGAGCGGCAGCCGAAAAGAUCAACAUGAUGCCAUGAAAAGGCUACAAGCUCUGCUAAAAGCCACUCUUCUUCGUCGAACUAAGACCUCAAAAAUCAAUGGGCAACCCAUCUUGCAAUUACCACCCAAAACGAUCGAAAAGAUUCAUGUGGUAUUUAGCGAAGAUGAAACAAGGGUUUACAAUAUUUUGGAAGCUCGGACUCGAUCCCAAUUCACCAACUACCUAGAUGCCGGCACCGUAGGCCGACACUAUUCUAACGUUUUAGUUAUGUUGCUUCGACUCCGUCAGGCGUGCUGUCACCCACACUUAGUAAAGAUUGCUAGGCCGGACCUUGCAAUCAAUAUAGGCAAUAUUGAUCUGAUAGGUAAUGCGAAGUUACUUAGCAAUGAAGUUGUCACACGCUUGACACAGAAUGGAGACGUUGAAUGCCCUGUGUGUAUUGACGCUGUGGACAAUGCAAUUAUUUUCUUUCCUUGUGGGCAUAAUAUCUGUGCGGAGUGUUUCUCAAAGAUAUCUGAUCCCUCUAGAGCUGUGGUGCAGGGCAUAGAUGGAAUACUUGAGAUUAAGUGCCCUAAUUGCCGUGCUAGAAUUGACCCCAAAAAGGUCACAGACAGCAAUUCCUUUCAAAAAGUGUUUGUUACCGGGGACUAUGUUGAUACGGUUGAAAAUAACAAUGACGACAAUGAAGAAAGUGAUACUUCCGACGAAGAUUCGGACGAUUCAGAGGCAGAGCCGUCAUAUACUUUUAUCGACGCUGAAACAGACGUUAUUCCAAAGCCUAAGAAGAGGAAGCGAACAGGUACGGUAAAGGAAGAUAAGAAGUACCUAGUCGACCUCAAGCGUGCAGGUCUGAGAAACGCCAAAGCGAAGAGAAAAUAUAUACGGCACUUAAAGAAGAACUGGGAAACCAGUACGAAGAUAGAAAAGGCCCUUGAGAUUAUUCGUGAUAUCGAAAGCCAAGGUAAUGGUGAAAAAGUGAUCAUCUUCAGCCAAUUCACGUCUCUUCUCGACCUUCUAGAGGUUCCCAUAGCGAGAGAGAGGUGGGGAUAUCGACGAUAUGACGGUAGCAUGAGUCCAGUGGAGCGCAAUGGAGCAGUGCUGGAUUUUACGGACAAUUCAAAUUGCAGAAUCAUGCUUGUUUCCUUGAAAGCGGGUAAUUCCGGGCUAAAUCUCGUUUCUGCGUCUCAGGUCAUCAUUUUCGACCCCUUUUGGAAUCCGUACGUUGAAGACCAAGCAAUUGAUCGAGCCCAUCGCAUUGGCCAAACCCGGCCAGUUACAGUACAUCGGAUCCUUGUUCAGAAUACGGUUGAAGACCGGAUUCUCCAAUUACAGGAAGAGAAAAGAGAGUUGAUUGAGAGUGCGCUGGAUGAGAAAGCAAGUAUGAAACUUGGUCGUUUGGAGGUUCAUGAACUUGCUUUUUUGUUUAACGUCCCUCGAAACCGCGGACGGUAG